AAGGAAACAAUAUAAAAACGACGAAAUAAAAUAGUUUUUUUCUUUUUUCCAAAAGACAAAUUGUAAUUUUCCCAAAUCGUUAUACCACUAAAGUGAGAGCACACGAAAGUUUUCUUUUUUUCAUUUUCAUUGAAUUAAAUUGAAAUUGAAAUAAUAUUGGAACAGGAACAAAAGUAAUUCGUGGUAUGACUGAAAAUCCAAAUGAAACUCUUUGCUCGACACAAUUCUACAAUCAAAUCAAACGUGAACUGACCAAUUCACCGUGUACGAAUGAUGUCGCACUUGGCUUUUACAAUGGAAACGUCGAUUCGACAACAUCACAAUUGACCGAUUCACAUCUCAAGUAUAAUGUGCACAUUGUGUUGGAAAAUUUGAAAAGGAGCGCCGAAAAAACAUAUCUGCAUGAUAACGCAAACAAUAAUAACGGCAACAUUAAAACAAAUAGCAGCAGAAACAACAAUAACAGCAAUAACGUGAGCAAUCAAUCCGUCAGAACGAUAGACAAUAAUCAAAGUAAUUUGAAGAACGUGAAAAAUUCGUUCGGCGGAAAAAUGUCAAGUCCAGAAUCGGAUUGCAACAGUAAUGUACAUGCGAAUCCAUUGCAACAGCUUGCCUCCUCGAUCGCUUCAUCACAUGAUUUUACACACGACAAUUCCGAUUAUCAAUGGUUUCUAGAUUAUAAUUAUCGAGAAAAUAAUGUUACACAUCAAAGUGUGCUGUCAUCAUUGUCAGCCUCUUACAAUGGAAUUGGUGAACUAUCGUACUAUGAUGAUUUGGCAAAAAAUAUUGACGCCAAUUUGGCCGGCGUUGAUAUGGAAAGCUUUCGAGCCGAAGAUAUCAAUUUAUUUUUAUCAACCAUACCGAAUAUGUGCAAAUCAAAUGCAAAAAAACAACAAGAAAAAGAGCUGGAUAACUCAAUUUUCAAGUCAAAACAACUUUUUUCACCGGUUAAAGAGUCCAUACUCAGCGUUGAUUCGCUCGAUAUGGAUUUUUAUGCAGAAGACUGUGAUAUGAUUAUAACAUGUCAAGCAAAUAAAAAUAAUUAUACAAUUGCAUUUGAAGGGAGCACCAUGUAUUCGGACGAAAGUUUCUAUGCUGAUGCAAAUAAGGAUGGGCUACGAAAGAAAAUCGAUGGUAAUGAUAUGACAACAAAUAACAUUGGUGACAUUGUUAAAAAGAAGGCAUUGGAAGUGUCACUAUGUCGUUCAGAGUCCGGAUUCACCACAUGGAGUAAAUUGAAAAAAGACAGUUCGACCCAAUUGCACAGGUAUCCAUCGGGUAAUAAUAAUAUGAAUGUUGGUGGUAUUCGACAUUGUUAUAAUAAUAUGCAUGUGCGUAAAAGUAGUAGCCUUCCAAAUUUGCAAGUGGAUCAAGAUGAAACGAAGGACAAUUUGAGAUGUGAUACGGUGAGCAAUUCAACGAUUGAUUCGUUUGGAAAGCAACGUAUUCUUCCAAUGUGUCAAAUUGUGGAUUCAUCAUCGCAAAGUGAUAGUCCACAACCAUUGCAAGCAUCAUCGUCAAGCAAUGGACCGCAACAAAAUCAACCAUCAUUCAAUCUCGUUAAAUUGUUCAUCAAACAGAAAAGCAGCUCAACCGAUACAUGCAUGGAUGUAUCGUCUGGCUGUUGGCCAAGUGAUUCAAGCUCAUCGGUUGAAAAUCGACAACGUAAAAAGAGUAUGUAUGAUUCGGGCAAAGGAUCAGCAUUGAGUAAACAUGAUGAAGACACCCAUGAGGCUGAAAUUCAAUAUGAUAGCUUGGAUUUACCACAACAAAAACAACCCACCAAUACGGCGAAUGAUAAUAACAUAAAUUCGCCAGCAAAACGUAACACAUCACAAUCAAACGAUUUGUAUCGUGAAGUGUUUGAUUCACCGUCACAUCGUAAAUACAAAGAGUUCAAUUUAAAUAUUCGCAAUCAGCACCUGGCCAAUGUGAAUAACAACAAUUCAAUGGACCGUGAUAGUUUACGUGAAACGAUUAAAAGUCUUUCAGAUGCUAGUCGAACAUCCGAUAAUAUAACGCAGGUGUAUGCAAAGACAAAACUUCCACUCGAUAUGAUUACAAAAUCGAUGCAAACAUCAAAAAUUGAUGAGGGCGUCAAAAUUGUGCCACCAUCAUUUUUAGCUCAACUCAAUCAGAACAGUAAAACAAAUGAACAACAACAAGCGCCCGUUUACGUAAUUUAUCCAAAUUAUGCAUUGCCCGAUUUGACAUUUGUGAAAAAUUACCAAAGCCAAAUAGUGUUAUCGCCACUGGGAUUGAAAGAAACAUUUGUGAAAAAACAGCGACCACUCUCAACCAAUGACAUCGAAUACAUUAAAAAGAAAGACUACAAGCACAUUGUCGAUUGGAAAUCGUUGGCACCAUUGUUGCCAUUCGAGUACAAGAGAAUUUUGCAACACAUUCCCGAAGUGCAAAACAUUAUGAACGAUCCGAAAAUGUCACAAAAACCAAUGUUCUGCAUGAGCCCGCCCAUUCGACGAAGUCGACCAAUGUCGUGUGAUUGUAGUAGCUACUGCACGGAUUCAUCAACCGGUUCAAGUCAACCGCCAAGCUCUGGCUACCGUGGCUCAUCAACAAUGCUCACCGAUUCCGAAAUUGACGCCUUGUCCACCACCAAUAGCGGCAACAAUAAUCGCAUCAUCGAUGAAAAUGCAUCGGAAUUACCACCAUCAGGCUAUAUGCGACGCGGCAUUUUGCGACGAGCCAAUUCCAACACAAAAUCAAAGCGAAAUAGCAUGAUAGAUGAAACAGCUACCACACAAUCAUCAGCGGCCCUAAGAAAUCGAAUGGAAAAACGAUGCAGCGUUCAAGAUCCAUAUUAUGCACCCGAUGCAUUCAAUACACAGUAUUAUCCAUACAGCGGUGAUAUUUUCGAUCUAAAUGCGUUAAAAAACAAUUUACGAAGCGAAAAAACCAAAGAGCAAUUGAAUAUCGAGCAUAAGGAGUAUGAUGAUGAGGCGCGUAGCCGUGUUGAACAAUUUUUGAGCAGUGUACCAAAGUCUGAAUUGAAAUAUUAUGCAGAAGUUGCAAACAUUUUAGAAUCAAUCGACAGUAUUAGUGAUAUUUAUGAUCGUAACAAGUUGAAAAAUGAAGUGAGUCGGGCUCUAGCUCAAAAGCACGUAUCAUUCGAUCGUGAUUCUUGCCAGUAUUUAGCCGUUAAUAGUAAUGACAUUCGUAAUGCCAGCCGAUUGAUGACUGGCCGUGGCUUUGUAACGCCGCCAAAUUCACCGAAUAUUUCGAUAUCAGCGGCACGCGGCAAUAUCGAACAGCAGCAAAAGAGCGCCAAAAAAUCAAAGCAAGAAAAAAUCCAAAGUAAUCGCUUCAAGCGUUUACAAAUCCAAUGGGAAUUGUUGAGCAAAGAUGCUCAACAAAUGGAGAGAGAAUUGUUUAAAGAGACUCGAAGCGGUGGCAAUACACCAACAACUACAACUCAAAAUAUGGUACCCAGAUCGAAAAUUCCACGGCCUGUCAGCUAUCCAGCAAGCAAAUCGAGUGCAACGUCUGCCGCCAAUAAAUCAUCGCCAUCACCAAGUCGAAUAGCGACACCGAAGAAAGUGAAUAUUGCACCAAGCACAACACCCGUUUCUCGACCAAGAACGCCCAGUAAAUUGUAUAAUACUCCAAAGAAAACCUCACCAAUGAUAAAAACUGGGACACGAACCAAAUAGAGCAUGUAACGGAGGUGUGCACGUUUCGAGGCGAGCUUAUGUUUUAUAUCAAUUUAUAAUUUCGUGUUGAACUGGAAUGUCGAAUGUUUUGUACGGCAUAAUGUUUCAUGGAUGAGUCCCCGUAUAUAUUUAGAUAGUUUGGCGCAAAGAAUCUGUGAAAAAAUAUAACGCUCAUUUUUUUUUAAUUUUAUUUCCACUAUGUUAUUUAUUUUAAAAUAUGAUUUCAAUUCACAUGCAUACACAACACACACACACACACACCCAAUUUGUAUAAAUUGCAACAUCGGAGCGCGAUGAAUUUUUUGCAUUGAUUUGAUUAAACAAAUCAACAUGAGAGAUGCAAAUACACAUAUUUUCAGUGCCAUUCUCAAAGAUGCUGAAAAAAAGGAAAAUAAGCAAAGAAGACGAUAAAGAAAAUUAGAGUUCGUCAUAACAUCGUCGACUCAAAAGUGAAAGUAAAAAAAAGUCAUAAUAAGUGUAUUACUUGAAUAGAAAAUAUAAAUAUAUGAGGAUUUUUUUAAAUAGAUUCCUAAACUACAUUACACAUACAAGUCAUACAUAUGAAUGUGUAUAUUUAAGCAUAAAUUAUUCCAAAAAAAAAAAAAGAA